CGCAUAGAACCAUAGCGUCUAAAACCGAUUCGGGAUCAGCGGACAUGCCGUACAGUCCCACAACCAAAGAGUUCCUGUCUCUGGGAGAAGGUUGAAAAACUGAACAUGAAGAACAAAGCCCUGGCCGGUGAGCAGCCAUGUUGCUGUGUCGCCUCCUCAUCAUCCUCCCUCCCUGGGUCUCCUUGACCCCGCCCCCUGUGGCGGCGGCCAGCCCCCUGUUCUCAGACACGCUGUUCUCAGACACGCCCUUCACCGUGGUGUGGAACAUGCCCACCGCCAGGUGCCACAGCCAUCACGGCGUCCACUUACCCCUCCCCUCCCUGGGCAUCCUGGCCAACCGGCAGCAGAGUUUCCAGGGCCAGACCGUGAGCCUGUUCUACAAAAACCGCCUGGGCCUCUACCCCUACCUCAGCCGGGACGGGCGCAGGGUCCACGGGGGAGUCCCCCAGAGGGCUGACCUGAAGGCCCACCUGUCCCGGGCCAGGGCCCAGCUCUCCUCUCUGCUCCGGCCUGGGUUCAGGGGCCUGGCUGUGCUUGACUGGGAGGCGUGGCGCCCCCUGUGGGCCAGGGACUUUGGCUCUAAGAUGGCCUACCGACAGCUGUCCAAGAAUCUAGUGAGGAGGAGCCACCCAGAGCUGUCGCAGCAGGAAGUGACAUCGCUGGCCAGGAAGGAGUUUGAGAGGGGUGCCAGGAAGCUAAUGUGGGAGACUCUGAGGCUGGGGGUGGGUCUGCAACCGGGGGGGCUCUGGGGUUACUACGGCUUCCCUUCCUGCUUCAACGACCCCCCCACGACUGGACCAGAACCAAGGCUAGGGGGCAACCAUACCCACGUCUACACCGGCCACUGCCACCCCAGAACCAGGCGCAGGAACGACCAGCUGGCAUGGCUGUGGGCCCAGUCCACGGCCCUCUACCCCAGCAUCUACCUGCCCAGCCGGGUGGCAGGCUCCCCGGACGCUGCCCUCAUGGUCCGUCACCGCCUGCUGGAGGCCUCCAGGGUGGCGUCUCAGCACGGCAGUGCCACCCGGCCUCCCCCGGUGCUGCCCUACGCUAGACUGGCUUUUGUACACACACUCACCUUCCUUAAUCAGACAGACUUGGAGCACACCCUGGGAGAGAGUGCAGCGCUGGGUGCAGCAGGGGUGGUCCUAUGGGGAGAGAUCAAGUUUGCCCGUUCAAAGCAUCAGUGUGAGCUCCUGAGGGACUACUUGGGCUCUGUCCUUGGACGCUACAUCCAGACCCUGAGGAACGAUGUCAUACUCUGCAGUCACCGGCGCUGCCAUGGCAACGGUCGCUGUGCCCGCCGCGACCCUCUCUCCGAUCACAUGAUCCCAUCUACAACCUCAGAUCCCACCCUGACCCCUGACCCCUCCCACAACCUGAGUGACGUCUACGACCACUUCCUGUGCCAGUGUUACCAGGGCUGGACAGGUGACACAUGCCAGAUGAAGACAGCGUCAAACACCAGCUAAUGACAAUGUCUUGAUUGAUGAAACACAGUGUGAUGACAUCUAGACAGUAAGCAAUACUGUCAUUAAAGCUCCUCAACUACCUGAAAGCUAUUGUUUUAUUCAGUGUA